GUAAUGUAUUGAAAAUUAGCAUUUUGAUAUACAGAUUCUGCUUUACGUACCCACUUAAUCAAAAAUCCUAUAUGCAAAUGUCUUCAGGUGGGAAAAGGAAGUUUGUCAUUAGUGUUAUGGAACAUGUAGCAACCUUGUAUUAAAGAUGAAAUGAGGGAACGUGGGCUGCUAAGCAGGGAGUGGUAGGAGAUGCUUGGUGGUCUUUGGGCAGACGUGAAUCUCUUAAACUGUGCUUUGGUCAUAGAGCUGAGCUGGUCUAAGCCCUGGCUGCCACCCCAAGGGGGACAACUCUUCCCUUCCCUGUGUUCUCCUUCCCACGUCUCACCAGGCUUCAUGAGUUUGUCUUUUCCUUUGUACUGGCACUUGAGCUCAUCUGUGAACAAACCUAUUCAGGGACACAGACAGCAAAGUCUUUUGUAGGGCUAGUUUUUGCCUGGUUUAACUCACUGAACCUUCCUUCUGCACAGUUCCGGUACUGGAAUAAGGGGAGCAAACCUGUCCCUUCCAGUUUCCACUGUAAACUCAGCUUAGCUGGGUUGCUGAACAAUGCUUAAGUGUUAUGACAGAUUUGAUAGCCCCAAAAACAAAAGCUGUGCACUUCUGUGACAUUGUACCCGAGCAACAUAGCCUUGCUGAAAAGUAAGAAAGCUUAAUGGUGCGGGCUGGUAACAUGAACUCGGCUAUAUUGAUUCUGGGGCCUCAGUAUCUCCAGGCAGUGUCGAAUUAUACUGUACAAACACAGAAGUUCGAAUCAGUGCCAGUGCAGUGGUUUCUGUGUUUCACGUGGUAGAUGUGCACUUAGCAUAUGCAAAACCUCACUGUUAAAGGGGAUGUUGAAAGCCCUGCUUGGAGGAAGAUCCCCGGUGUUCCCACGAAAGGAGAGGGAAAACUCUUCAUUUGGCUCUCAAAGGGGCAGCAUUGUUACUGCAGUUUGUAUUUCAGGGGGUCCCCAUGUGUUUUCAGCACUGCAGCUCAGCAGAGAAGUACAGGAGACGAAUGUGGCCCAGAAGAUCCCCGUGAUGAGCCCAAGCAUCCCCUUUCUGACUGUGCCUUAGAGCACAAAGCCAUCAAACUGGAAGAACAAGUCCGGGAUUUAACUGAGCGAUACCGGAAAGCUUUGGCAGAUUCUGAGAAUGUCCGGAGGAGAACGCAGAAGUUUGUGGAAGAUGCCAAGCUCUUUGGGAUCCAGAGUUUCUGCAGGGACCUCGUGGAGGUAGCAGAUAUCUUGGAGAAGACCACCGAGAGUGCCGCAGAAGAAGCGGAGCCCAGUAACCUGAGUCCGACCCUGAAGAAAAUCUAUGAAGGCCUCUCUCUCAUAGAGGCCAAAUUGCAAAGUGUGUUUGCCAAACACGGCCUUCAGAAGAUGAACCCUGUUGGUGGCAGAUAUGAUCCGUAUGACCACGAAAUAGUCUGCCACGUGCCAGCCGAGGGCUUGCAGCCGGGCACGAUAGCACUGGUGACUCAGGAUGGCUACAAACUCCACGGUCGCACUAUCAGACACGCGCUCGUUGGCGUGGCGGUGGAGUCACAGGAAUGACCUGGGCAUAUCCAUUGGGACCUUACUCAGCACGCAGUCACAACUGCAGCUGCAUGUCAUUACUUAUUUAUUAAGUUAGGUUUGUAUUGUACAUUGGAUUCUUUAUAAUGUGUGCAGUCAUUUUGCCAUUAAUUCUAAGGUACUUGUGUAUUUAAUAAUCCUUUUUGGAGUGUGCGGAGUAGUACUAGGAGUCCUGCUAUUUGUCAGAAACGUGGCACUGUAUCACCUUUCUCUGUUGCUCGUUUCUCCAUUAAGACUUGUAUGGGGGACAUAUGGGAGAGAAAGGGAAAUUCUCUGAGAGCUAAGGGAUCUUGUCUCCCUGUUCCAUCUCUGAGACAGACUCCUGCAGUUGCCGUCAGGAGAGUAACUUCUCUGCCUCGGUUUCCAUAUCUGUAUUAAGGGAAUAUAAUAAUACUUAUUGACCUACCUCACAGGGAUGUGGUGAGGCUGUUUCUUUGCAAAGUCCUCAGAAGAGGAAAAGCCCAAAGGGCUGAGUAUUAUUAUCAGGCUGGUUUUGGUGUCCUCCCUUGUCCCCACAUCCCUCAGGUGGGGAUGAAGAUGAUCCCUUGAAAUGACAUUUAGGGGCAGCUUUUUCUCAUGUCACUUCAGGAAAACAAUCCUGAAUUAAUGAAAUCUCUGUCAUACUGUAGUCGAAUAGGGAUGAGGUUUUAAAGAGAAUUCAACUGUUAGGUCAGACUUGAACGUGUUAAUAUUUGUUCUCCAGGUAAACCAUCAGCUUGCCUCCUUGUUCCUAACAGUAAAACAGGGAAUAGUGGUUCUUGGUGAAGCCAGAAAACUGUUCUCAAAUCUCUCUUUCUCCAACCAAAAAGUAUAUUUUAGAGGAGAGUAAUCUCUCUUGCCUGAGGGGUAUUUGUGCAGCUUUCAAGCAUGAUAAACUACGUGUUCUUUGUUGCAGCUGCUGGCAAAGUGGAGAUGUGCCCUUUAGCAGGAAAUCUGGACUGUUUUGAUUUUUCAGCUCUCCAGUAAUGGUACUCGGAUAACACUAACUUCCAGUUCACGUUCAGAUUCUACUUUUGCGUGGUCAUAGUAAAUAUUAAACCUUUUGGGUUUUGACACAAGGAGAAAAAUCUUUUCUACUAAAAGUCUCAAGUGGCCUUGAACCAAUUUUGGCAGCAGUGAUGAGAAAGCAGGAGAAGCAGAAAGCUGAGGAGGCGAAAGCUGACCUCGAGCCGUCCUCUUAGUUGGAGGCGUGUUGUUGUCACAGCACGGCAUAUGUAUUUCCCAGUGGUCCUUUUGCCUGGGAGUCCAUUUAUCUCAGCUGAAAGGAUCCAGUUGGUGAGUGAGAUCAGAAUUUAACCCUUUACAGAGCAGCAAGCAGUGUAGUGACAGAAGAGUUACAUGAACCAGCCUAUGGUCUGCACUACACAAACCCAAGGCAGGAAUGGUUGUUUUCAGGUUGUUUCUUACUGAUUUGUUAAUUCCUGCGUUUUAUACUUUCUGGAAUUGGAUCCGUGGCCAGACGGUUAUUUCAGAACCACUUCCAAAAAACUCUUUACUUAUGGUGGAUGCCAUCACUGGUUUGGAAGAAAGCUUAUUCUUCUCCCAUUCCUUUGCAGGCUUCAGUUGUAUAAUCCUUUUGUGGUGGACUUGAAGAUUACUGCAGCCUUCAAUUAGCAGCUAUCAACAGUCUUUCAUCUGGGGAGACUAUGUGCAGCUGUUACAGUUGGUUGUCGUUCCAGAAAUUUAAGGAAGAUGCGCAUUUCUAAUAUGCUCCAUGCAAGCUGCUUUAGUGACAGCUGUAUGCAGGUGAUUCAGUAGUGGAUACUUUUUGAAUUGCCAUUUUCUGCCUAUGUGGGGUUAGGUUUUCAGAAGGGAACUUCAGAUUUCAACCCCAAAACAGUGCUUCGUUGCAGUAUAAGUCGCUUUGGACAAAGCUCUUGUUCAGUGCUCUUGUUUGUUGGAAAUUUCAGAGAAAUACAGGAAUUCCUGUUUGUUGUUUCGCUGGUCUGCGUGCUAAACUGGGUCACCAGGGUAUGCAGUUACUCAAGACAAAGAACAGGUAAAAUACGAAAUGUGGCAAUGCAAGUCUUGCUGUUCUGCCCCAAGACUGUGUGCAGCCUGUUCAGAGGAAACUGUAUCUUCUAGCAGGAAGGAGCAGUUGGGUUCUCUGCUGCCUCUUCAGCCCCUGCUACAUCAGCUGAGUCUUUUUGCAAUAGAAGGGCAGAGCUGGCUAUGGAAACGAACUUUGAAUGUGAAACUUUAUGUAUAAGGAGCUAAACAAAAGUAAAGGCUUUUUACCCAACAGGUAGUUUGCUCUCACAGGAAGGCUGCAGCUUACAUGAGCCAGAUUUAAACGCAGCGUGUGAGCAGAAGUGAUGGGAUCCAAGUCUUCUAGACUGACCCCCAGAGCCACUUGCCUGUGGAAGUGUGUAGAGCUGCUCAGUCCGCCUUCAGAGUGCUGGCCAGGCCUGCCUGUCUCCUCAGCCAGCACUCACCCGUUUUUGCCUUAAAAUACCCUAAAAUGCACUCCAGACCUUCUGUCUGUACUGAGAGGUUAUUGAUCAGCUUGUGUGGAUCCGCUUUCACCGAGGCACUGUUGCAGGGCUGGCGCAGGAAUUGAAGGGGUCCAGUUCCUGUGCAGCCUUUCUUGCCCCUCCAUGGGGCCGAUUUAAUUUUGGGCAAGCUAUUUUCCCAGUUCAUGGCUCAGUUUAUGAAACUUCUAUAGGAUCUUAUUGGGCUUUUAUGAUGAUUACUGUAAGAUGUUCCCAUUGCUUAGAGACUUUUACAGAAGUUACCAAAGAGAGAAAUGCUGUAGCUGUUGUUUGUCCUAGUUUCUGCUUCCUUUGAAUGGUGAAGUGAAAAUGAAAUAGCCAAACCUGGAUUCCAUCACAGAAUCCGGAUUUCCUAGGCAAAAUUUGAUUCUCCUGCCUUUCAAGCACACUUAAUGAUCCCUUUUAUUGUGGAUGAGGUUGCGUAAGGGUGAAUCGAAUUUCUGCGUUGUAGGUUCUGGCUCCCUUAUCUGCGCUGUUUGUGUGAAGCUUGCACACUCAGCACGGUGCGGCAGAGUCCCCACUCAUGCGGUUCCGUUGCACUCUGCAGAGUUACACCAGAGAGGAGCUUUUUCUCUCUGAUCACUUUAUUCAAUGACUAUUUAAUAAAACGCAGGAGUGCGUUAGCAGGGACAGAAUGGCAGAGGAGAGGAAGUGUCACGUACCUCUUAGUCAUUUCCAGUUUGCCCAGCCAUGAACUGAAGAGCUCGAGCUGGCGAUGCAGACAGCUAUAGGUGAGGUGUGUGUGAUGCUGAUAUGGGGCUGCAUUUCUGCUGUGGGGACGUGGGCAGCCCCACAGUCGGUGGGCAUUCGCCUUGUCCUGUCCCCGUGCCGUCCCCCACCAGUGGCACCGCUUGGAGCUGAGCUGGAGGAGUCCACAGAGGCACUGGUCCCGAGCGGGGCAGCGUCUGGGCUCUGACCACGAGCAGUGCAGAAUGUGAAUGGCGCUUUGUGAACCUUACAUUCUCAGUGCUUCAUCAGCGGAGCCGCUGUUGAGACAGCUGUGAUGAAUCAGUAGCUAUUAGCAAUCCUUUAAUUUAAAAAAAAAAAAAAAGUGUAUUUAAGUUUUAUAUUGUGAAUAUUGUAGUAUUUUUUUAUUUUAAAACUUGAGAUGUUUUGAUAUUACUUCCGAAGUCAAAUGAACAAAACAUUGCUAAUGUCCAAAAAUCUAAAUCCAUUUAGUUGGUGGAAAACCUGUAUAUACUGUAUUUUUGUGUGUGUUUGUGUGCUCUUUGUUUACCCAAAGGUUCUUGAAUGAAAAACAAAGACUGAAGUGUGGGAGUGGUGCAAGUAAUUGACAACGACAUUUGAGUUAAUAUUGGAAAGGGCUGAUUUCCUUCAGAUGUCCAGAUACUGUCCAUUUGCUAAUAAUAAUAAUAAUAAUAAUGAUAAUAAAAAAGAA